AUGCAGGUAGCCUUCCAAGAGUUGAAGGACAAAUUGACGUCGGCACCUGUGCUUGUGAUACCUGAGCAAGGGGUCAAGUACACCGUCUAUGCUGACGCUUCUCGUGUGGGCUUGGGAUGUAUACUCAUGCAAAAGGACAGGGCAGUUGCUUAUGCGUCUCAGCAGUUACGGAAACAUGAGGAUAACUACCCUACACAUGACCUCGAGCUUGUGGCGGUAGUUUUCGCACUGAAGAUGGAAACGUUGAAGGACUUCAAGUUCGAUGCCUCAUAUCACCCUGGCAAGGCCAAUUUGGUUGUAGACGCCUUGAGUCGCAAGAAGACAAUCGAAUUUGUGGCCCUGCUAAUGGUGAGAGAGUGGAAUAUGGUGGAAUUCGUUCAAGACUUCGACAUGAAGCUAACUAUGGAGGAACCAUACAAAGUGGUAGCCCACAUUCAGGCCCAGCCGCUGACUAACGGUAAAAUCAUUGAAGCCCAGAAGGGCGAUGAGUUAUUGAAGAAGAUAAGGGAAAGAGCAAGGAAUGAUGAGAAGUCUGAGUGGAGGAUCGGUAUCGAUGGAGGGUUGGGGUACCGAGGCCGCCUUUGCAUUCCAAAUCUUCAGGGACUGCGAGAAGAAGUUUUAAAUACCGCUCACAACUCCAAGUUAACGAUGCAUCCUGGAAGUACAAAAAUGUACCGGGAUCUAAAGCGAAACUAUUGGUGA